AUGAGUUCACACUCCGGUCCCGCGACCCUACCGCGGGGCUUUCGGUGCCCCGACUUGGAGGCACCUAGGACACCGGAGCCAUUCCCGGAAACGGACGAUGUCCAGAUCCCCUCACCACCAAAGCCGCGCCUGAAGCUGCGCAGGCGUGUUGUCUCUCAGCUCACUGCGCCGACCCAACACUUUCUUGCUUCUGUUGCGGCGGCCGACGUCCCAAUACCCAGCAUUGAGGAACCCCAAAUCGCCCCGGACGACUACGACAUGAAUGGCACCUGCCCCUUUCCCGAAUUCCGGUGCGACGAUGACGAAGUCGACAUGAACUUCCUCCGGCCCCAGGGCAGAGGACUUCCCGCACCCAAGACACCAGUCCCCGAGUUGGAAACAUCGCUGCCAGCGUCCCAGUACCCUAACUGGACCAUUGACUCCAUCAGCAGCGUGGAGUCGACCCCGGAGCCCGAUUACGAGUCCAGCCGCCCCUCGACAUCGAGGUCGACGCAAACUAGCGCGUCGUUGUUUAGCCGCUUCUCCAUGGCUUCUGACGACGACCACUACGAUCAUUUCGGAGACGAGAUCCAAGAGGACAAGGACAACCACCUUGUUCCCGUCGAAGAAAAUGCUCCAGUGCAGGAACGCUCCGGGCCUCGGGGCAAGGCAAGGAAGGCCCCCUGGACGAAGGCGAUGAGCGACCACCUGUGGUCGACCUUCAUGCUCUACCUACAGGACCCCAAAGUCACGCCGUUCCGCAUGGGCAAGAGCUGCAUUCCUCCCGAGGGCGUCUGCUCCCGUGUCGCGCGUGAGGCGAAACGAAGCUGGAAGGGCUCCAAAGCGAUCUCCAAGGCGGCUAGCUCUAGCGAGGGCAGGAAGAGCGGAAGCGCCACGCCCACCGCUGAUAGCUCGGGCACCUUUAUCCAAUGGCCGCAUACUUGCGCCGCCACGCGCGCGCACCUGCGGGACCUAUGCAAAUCGAAGGCCGGAUCCCGGACUAAUAAAUACCGAUUCACCUCGCGGCAUAUUACCCCCUUUACACAAGCCACUCCCCGCCAAUGGAACCGCCAAUCUGCUGCUCCAGGUCGCUCGCCCGCUCCGUUCACGACUCAGGAUAUGUCCAUGUCACUUGCGUUGAGCACGUCUGAGAGUAUGCAGCCCAACGGCCCCCUGGCCCAGCUCGCGGCCCACAACCCUUCGGAGCCGGCAGAACUCGGCCAACCUGCUUUGGCCCCGGCCCCGGCUCCAGCCCCGGCCUCAGCUCCCCUCGCAGGCCAAGCCCUCGGCACCUUUGAAGGCGAGCCAUCUUUCGCGGAACGCCAGCGCCUUGGCUCUCCUUUUGGUGCCAGCAGCUACGGUCCCAGCUCUUCCGGUUCGCUUGCUGCCGUCCUCGGCCUGAGUGGUUCCAUCCCGCGCAGGCAGUCGCAGACUGUCGGUCCACGGCGGACUUUGCAGUCGCCCGUGCGACUUAGCAGGUCGGGCACCCAAAAACGACGGCACACUCAGUCCGGCGUCCCGCGCAAACGACCCAGCAUUGGUUCUGACCUGUGGCUCGACCCAGGCUUCAAGGCUGCCAUGGCCGCAGCCGGUGUCACUCAGGCUCAGGAAGCAACCACUCCGACCCGCAAUGAGUUCAUGAUCCCCAAGAUUCCCUCCGUUCCCACACUGAGUCUCUCCACGAGCAUGCCCAACGUUGCUGCGCAACUCGACGAUUCAGCCCUCCCUGCUCCGCCACCCCGUUUGGGCUCCCCCUUUACAGCCAAGCGCUCCAGCUUUAGUUUCCCCCACAGGGUACACCGUGCGCAUCAAGGAGGCAGCAUCGACCUCGGCGUGCUCGGCCGGCCCUAUGCGACGAUGCAGCAGCUCUCGACCACCGACUCCAGCAACCUGGCGCCGGUUCCGGCUCGCCACAACAACACCCUUGUCGAUCGUUUAGCCUACAUCGAUCAACGCCUCAAGGAGCUCCGCCAGCGCGAGGCCAACCCCCGUUCCUAUGGUGGUUUGUAA